AUGGAUUCGAGUCAACAACAACAUGAAUUAAGUUCAAUCUAUCAAGAAUACCGAUCUUUCUUUCCUACAUGCGUAUUAUAUCUCGGAAAAGAGCCCAAACAGGUUGAACUAACCACAGUUGAAGGGGAUGUGGUAAAAGCAACUGUUGAUUUACGCGGGUGGUCUCAGAUAUCACCCAUCUCAACUCGCCAUUAUGAGACAUUUGAAGCAAUGAUGCAAGAAUUGAGCCCGUCUUUUAGAGAUAAAUUUAGUUCUGAACUUACAAAUAGACUAAAUAGCUUGCUACAAUAA